UUGGGUCCUGACUUCUUCUCCCGGUCCCGUCCACUCCACACAGUAGCCUACGCAGCAGAAAAGGAUAUGGAGCAGUGAUGUACCGGGAGACCAGGAGAAUAAUAACACUUCUUUUUAAAAACGGAAUAAAUGCCAGUAUUUAAGUGACAGUUACAGGGUUCCUCUUGCAAGUUUAAAAUACUUCAAACGCAGAUGCUAGCAUGCAGGAAAUGCCAGACUAAUUCUCAGAGUAGUUCAAUCACCCUCACGCCUCUAGAGAGUUCUGUCUUCAGUUGAUUAUUGCGCGUCUGACGGGAAGGGCCGAAGAAUACCAGCUCCAGCCGCCGUGGAAACUGAUUAUUCCAAGAUGCUCCGGCAAAUGCAAUAUUUGAAAUUAGCGACAGCACUCGUGUUGAUACCGUGUGUAUUGUCAUUUAACGUGGAUGACAAGAAUGGGGAGACUUUCAAUGGUCCGCUGGAGGACAUGUUUGGAUACUCAGUCCAGCAGUUUGAGAACAGUGAGGGGAAGUGGGUGCUGAUUGGUUCUCCCCUGGCCGGCCAGCCAACCAAACGGACUGGAGAUGUCUACAAAUGCCGUGUGGGUCAAGGACCAAACCCUAGAUGUAUCAAACUGGAGCUGCCUGAAAACACAACAAUUCCUAAUUUACACGAAGUCAAGGAAAACAUGACCAUGGGAACGACGUUGGUUACCAACCCUCAAGGAGGCUUUCUGGCCUGUGGUCCACAGUACGGCUACAUGUGUGGUCAGCAGACAUACAUCUCUGGGGUCUGUACCAAUGUCAGCUCAACCUUCCAGGUGCUCAACUCCAUCGCCCCGGCUGUGCAAGAGUGUGCCAAAGAGCUUGACAUUGUCAUGGUUCUUGACGGCUCCAACAGUAUCUGGCCCUGGACCAGCAUCAUUGAUUUCCUGGUCAAGUUUCUGAAGAAUAUCGAAAUUGGAGCUAAACUGUCCCAGGUGGGCAUUGUGUCGUAUGGAGAGAAAGUCACUCACAAUGUCAACCUCAGUCAGUUUGAUACCACUCAAUCCCUCCUGGCCAAAGUGGCGAAACUUCCCCAGCAAACAGGUUUCAAGACUAUGACCGCCCUGGGAAUUGACACGGCAAGGAAAGAGGCCUUCACUGUGGAGCGAGGGGCGCGGCCGGGUGUCAAGAAGGUCAUGAUAAUUGUGACGGACGGAGAGUCACAUGACUUUUAUAACCUCGACAAGGUCAUCAAAGAAUGUGAGGAGGACGAUAUCGAGAGGUUCGGUAUCGCUGUGCUUGGUGAUUACAACAGGAACAACAGAAGCAUCAAGGAGGUGAAGAAAUUCAUUGAGGAGAUCCAGUCGAUCUCCAGCGAUCCUGUGGGAGAUCACUUCUUCAACGUGUCGGAUGAGUUUGCCUUGCUGAACAUCGUAGACGCCCUGGGCAGCAGGAUCUUUGCCUUGGAGGCAACGUCAGGUAACUACACCUCGUCUUUUGAGAUGGAGAUGUCCCAGGCUGGAUUUAGUGCCCACACCUCUAAAGAGGGUGUGAUGCUGGGUGCUGUGGGGGCGUAUGAGUGGAAUGGGACAGUAGUGAUGCAUACCAACCAGGGUACCGUGGUUCCUCUAAACGCAGACUUUCAAGACCCCCUGGAUGAAAGGAAGGAGAGCCUGGCGGAGUACGUGGGUUAUGCCGUACAGUCAGCAUCAACCCCUAAUGGUGAAUUAUACAUCACAGGAGCACCGCGGUACAACCACACAGGCAGAGUCAUCGUCUACAAACUGGAUGGGGAAAUCAUCACAGUCACACAAGUACUGAAAGGAGAGCAGAUUGGCUCCUACUUUGGCAGCGUGCUCCAGACGGUGGAUGUUGACCAGGACUCCUACACAGACAUCCUGCUGGUGGGAGCUCCUAUGUUCAUGGGCCCAGAGAGGGAGGAACAGGGACAGGUGUACGUCUACAAACUCAAUGAGAAGGGCCUAUUUGAGCACCAGACCACGCUGAAGCCAGACAACCAGACGUGUUGUACCUCAGCCCACUCCAACGGUUGCAACAUCGUCAACACCAACGGCCCGUGUGGCGCCCGCUUCGGCACUGCCAUCGCAGAGGUCAGUGACCUAGACCUGGACGGGAACCGGGACGUGGCUAUCGGGGCGCCACUGGAGAACGACCACAAAGGGGCAGUCUACGUCUACCAUGGAGCCAAGAAGACCAUCAAGGAAAAAUAUGUGCAGCGUAUCCCAGGCCCUGGAGACGGGGUGAAGACUAAGUUCUUUGGCCAGUCGAUCCACGGAGUCAUGGAUCUGAACGGAGACGGAAUUAUAGACAUUACCAUCGGAGGGCUGGGAGGGGCUUCUCUGUUCUGGUCCAAGGAUGUUGCUGAGCUUUAUGCCAACAUGACCUUUGACCCAAACAAGAUCAACCUACAGCAGCCCUCUGACGACUGUGUGCUGGGUGAGAGAGCCACCGUGUGUGUGAAGACCAGGGUCUGCUUUAGCUACAGUGUCAAGUCUGAGAAGGACCACACUAACUUGGGCACAGCCAUUAAGUACAACCUGACUCUGGACUCUCUGAGGGCAAAGUCGAGGGCAGCGUUUGUCAACCCUGACGAGAAGAGUGAGAGGAAGGUCCAGGUCACCGCCAACAUCAUAGAUGCUCUGUGUCUGGAACAUUCCUUUGCCAUGAAGGCUAAUCUGGACUUCAGAGACCCCAUCAUGGUCUCCCUCGAGUUUGGUCUGGCUGAGGACACAGGCCCCGUCCUGGAUGGAGACUUACCAACGUCACUCAACAAAACGAUUCCUUUGGUGGACUGUGGGAGCGAUGACAAGUGCAUAGCUGACCUAUCCCUGAAGGCUGUGCCAAGUAUACAAAGUCUUGUGAUCAAAGCCAACAAGGAAAAGUUCCAUGUGCUCAUUACCAUUAGAAACAGUCAAGACAAUGCCUACAAUACCAAAGUCAUGCUCAGCUUUACUGAAAACAUAAACUACGUCAAAGUCAAGGCCAAUGACAAAGUCUGCAGUCUGAAUAAUACCAAAGUUGAGUGUGCUGUGGGAUAUCCAUUCCUCAAAAGCAAUGUAGAGGAGGUGUUUGAGAUCCUGUUUGAAGUCAACCCUGCACACGUCUGGAAAGAGAUUCAGAUCAAUGUAACUGCAACCAGUGACAGUGAGGAAUUGAAGACCACCCUCCAUGACAACUCUGUGAGAAUCUCCAUCCCUGUGAAGUACGAGGCUGGACUCAGAUUCACUGCUGACAGGCAUAUGAAGGAGGACCACAUCAUAGUGAAAGAGGGAGAGCAGUACCCCAGCAUCUUCAACCACACCAGUGUGAUAGGAGAAGAGGUCAAGAUCAUCUAUACGGUUAAAAAGGAUGUGAAUAUGGAGACUCCUCCUCUAAAGCUGAGGGUGAUGUACCCGUACCUAUCACCUAGAGAGAACAUCCUGCUAUACCUGACACAUGUCACCUCCUCACAGGAUGUGAGAUGUCACAUCAGGGACCUGAUUAACCCUUUAAAGAUCAACAACAACAACACGCACACCAUCAAUCCUAAAAAAGAGACCCUCAGUGUCUUCCUGGUGGGCUGUAAGGACCACCCGUGUAAGUCAUUUAUCUGCUCCAUCCCUCACGUCAACAACAGCCAGGUCAAUGUUACCUUCAGGGUGUGGAAGCCCACCUUUAUCAAAGCAGAGUUCUCCAGCCUUCACAUGAUUGUUAAUGCCACUCUGGAGAACCUGAACACUGAUCUCUUCGUGUUGAGUGCCACCAAUUACGCCAGAGAUGUGAAGAUCCAGGUCUCUAAAGAGGCUUUGGGAGGUAUACCACUGUGGAUCAUUAUAGUCAGUAUCCUCAUAGGACUGCUGAUUCUGGCACUGGUCAUCUUCGCUCUAUGGAAGGCUGGAUUUUUCAAGAGAAAAUCCAUAGAGGACAUGGAGAACGAGGACAUGAAGAAUUAAUCCUUCCACCACCAUACAGAUCUGUCUGUGCCCCACUGUCUUCAGGUCUGUCUUCAGGUCUGUCUUCAGGUCUGUCUUCAGGUCUGUCUUCAGGUCUGUCUUCAGGUCUGUCUUCAGGUCUGUCUUCAGGUCUGUCUUCAGGUCAGUUAGAAGAGAUACCAUAGGAAAUACCCCAUCAACCAAUUCACCUGAACACCAUCAGGUUAGAAGAAAAGCCAGUCUAUUUAUGGCUAUUCAACAACCAUUCACCUGAAUGUGAUGUGGCCCAUCUACCAGCCUUAAAACCCUGGUCUGGUUCAGUGGAUACAGAGGCCUGGGGAAACAUUGAACUUGUACAGUACACUUUGUUCUUCCAUCUGUUCAUUGUGGGUACCAAGACCUGGACCUAACAGACCUAAGCUAGAAGGGAAAUCAGAAGACCGUAAGGAUAAUGGCACCCUGACCCAGACCUGAUCAUAUGCAGCCACACCAGCUUUAUACAACAGGACAAAACGUUCUCAGGUUCACUUACAGCGUCAACAUCCCAAAGACACUAAAAACACCUCAGAUUACAGUAUGGCAUUACACCAAAGUUGUCCAAAUGUCCAAGGCACUCUGCAAUGGAUUAGAAUUCUGUGUUAUAGUUUUUGACAUGUUUUACUAAUAUACUGUAAAUCUAUACCAUGUACUGUAUUUCCUUUUGUUUGGUAUAUUUUGAUAUGUGUUAUUACCUAUAUUUUGACACAUUCAUCGUCUUCUAAGCAUAAUGUUUGCUUUUUGGAACACUGAUAUUUUCACAUGAGUGUUUUUCCAGUCUUACAAGCGCAAUCUGUAAAUUUGAUUUUUUUUAAAACAAAAGUGUUCCCUUGAAUAUUUAAGGGGUCUAUGCAAAUAUACCCUCUCCAAAUAUAUAUUCAGUAUAAAAGAAGAGUAGGAAUUUGCUAUUGACAUAAAUACAACAGUUUUAAUCUAGUUUUUGUUUAAUUUUGCUCCCACAUGGGGGCAGAGAAUUUACAGAUUGCUCCUUUACAGUAUUAGGAAAACCUUUGAUUGUCCUGUAAAUGUAAUGUAAAGCUUGUACAUAAAGUUAUGUUUGCAAUAAUUCCUAUAAUUUAAGAUCAAGUUAAGUCCAGCAUGUAUCACCAAGGCCCUAUAUAUCAGUAAUAGAGAUAUAAUAAGUCAUUUGCUCCUACAUUUCUCAGGUAUUACUUAUGAUAGUAUGUUGAUCGUAUGGUGAUAGUAUGGUGAUAGUAUGGUGAUAGUAAGUGGAUAAUUUGAUGAUAGAAUGAUGAUAGUAUGGGGAUAGUAUGGCGAUAGUAUGGUGAUAGUAAGUGGAUAAUUUGAUGAUAGAAUGAUGAUAGUAUGGCGAUAGUAUGAAUUAGAUAAAACAAACAAAUGUAGUAUUUUUAAAUAAAAUACUAUUUUAAAAAUAUGUAAAUAUUGGUAAAAAUGUAAAUGUUUGAUAAAUGUGUAUUGGAACUCGAUGCAUUUUGCAUCCAUUCGCUAAGAUGUUAUUUUUUUUGAUGAUUUCUCUGAGGAAGCCUACAGUCACAUAGAGCAAUCCAAAAAGGAUCUCAGCGGAGUGUAACUUGAUUCCUGAUGUUCAAACCUGUCAGUACCACAAAACAAAGAGAUGUUUGUCUCAGAGAAGGUCAAACUCUGGAAACUAGGCCAUUGAACAUUACACACAGGGGGGGAUUUGGUCUGAUGCAUAUGAACACCAGGUUAUGCCUAAAGCCCUGUAGUCUCUGGUAUGGCCGGAGCGGUAGCGACUGUCGUGAUUGUGAGUAGAAAUGUUUGAUUCAUGCAUUGUUUCCUCUUUCUCUCCGCCUACAUUCCUCUGCAUAUUUACAUAUUUUGCACAGGCAGUCCGGUGUAAUCCCUGACUUUUAUUGUAUAUAAGAGACACUCAUCAGCUCACCCAUUACUGUUGAAAGCACAUGUAAUAAAUGAAUAAAUAUCUGUAGAAUGUGUAAGAUAACCUUAACACGGGGAUCCUCCAUACUGUCCCCUUCUGGAGAGCUUAUUUGUCACAGCUCAGCACUGAUAGAGUCAGCUGAUCAAGGCUUUGAAGAUUUAAUUACUGAUUAGUUCAAUUGGAACCCAGAACCAAAUCUUGUGUGCUGACCAGCUACGCAACUUGACAUGUAUUAUAAUUUAUGUUCAUGUGUUAAAAGUCUGUCACAGGAUGUUGUUUGCUGUAUCAGGUGUGAUGGCACAUGUGGGACAAAACCUACUGUACUUUGACUCUCCAGGAGCAGGUUUGAGGAUGAGAGAGAGCGAGAGACCGGAGAGGGUGACUGGAGAGAGAGAGGGUUAGGGACUGCUUCAGACUGAUGUACUCCAGUCAUACACACUGCUGUGAACUGUUAGUUUAAUACACUGGUUUGUCAUACUGUAUGUACUCUGAUCAGCACAGAUUUGAAAGCAUUGCACAAGCUGUCAAGGAUCUUAUGCCAAAAAAUAAAUAAAUAAAAAUGGUUUUAAAUUAA